AUGAAUCUCCUGAUGCUGACCUUUGUUAUCUGUGCGUUGCUAACUCAGGUAACCAAAGGUAGCUUUGCACCCCAAAAAUGUUGGAAGAAUAAUAUAGGAUAUUGCAGAAGACGAUGUUUAGAUACUGAAAGGUACAUACUUCUUUGUAGAAACAAGCUAUCAUGCUGCAUUUCCAUAAUAAUAUCACAUGAAUACACUCAACGACCAGCAUUUCCUGUGAUUCACCUAGAGGAUAUAACAUUUGAUUAUAAUUAUGUGGACUCUUUUACUGGCUCCCCAGUAUCUAGGUUGAAUGAUCUGGUAACAUUUGGAACAACUAAUUCUGCAGAAAUCACGGCACUCGAGACCGCUACUGUUGAGACUACUAUGCCACCACCCAAGGCCACUACUUCCAAGACUACUACGCCAUCAUCUCCUUAGACAGCUCUUACUAAUAAUCAAUUAGCAUUUACUGCUAGUAUGGAAAAUUAGAAAUACUGCUGGAAAUAAUAUCCAAAGAGUUUAUUCUACCAAUCCAAUUUCACCAGGAAAAUUCCAUCAGGGAUUGGAUGACAAUUAGGAUGGACAUGAUUGCUACUACCAAAACAACAGCCAAGAUAGUUGCCUUACAAUUAGAAAUGUGUAGACAGAAAUGUAUAGAAGAUACAAGGAUUCUCUUAAUUGGACUUAAGUUCUUCGUCUGUCUUCCUCUGAUGUACUAAAAUAUGUAAGCUAAAUUUUAUCUCACCUGAACAUUUGUGUGUCUAUGUGUUUUUC